AUGAAUCUGAAUUCAAGUUAUGUUUCAAUCGGUUGUCAAACGAGUUAUGAAUUGAUUGAAGAGUUGUCUCAAAGAGAAGACAAUACAAGACAUGAAACACAAGACAAAGGAUUGAAUACUCGAGAAGUGAUUGAAUCAGACAUUGAAUCCAAUGAUNAAGGAUUGAAUACUCGAGAAGUGAUUGAAUCAGACAUUGAAUCCAAUGAUGGCAUCGAUUGUGAUAUUAAUGUGGAAUCAGAUAACGAGACAAUUGACGGAACAGUUGAUGAAAAUGUUGUCACAAAUCAAACACAAAACAUGAGUAUUACUGAAGAAACAAAUAAAUCAAAUGACAAACAAAAGCAAAAGUUAUCUCAAAAUAAAGCCAAUAAAUGUCAUCCAAAACCAGACAUCGGCUUAACUGAAGUCAUAUCAGAUGAGGGAUUAAAUGUUGGCAUCGAUUGUGAGGUUAACAUCAAUUCAGAAGACGUAACGAUCGGUAGAAAUGUUGAUAAAAAUCUAUUGAAUGAAAGACAAGAAUUGAAUAUUAAAGAAGAGAAAAGUGAAUCAAAAUUAGUUGAGAGGAAGACUAAGAAGAAGAAAAUGAAUGUCAAAACUGACGGUCCGUUUGUCUGUGAUUUCAUGGGAUGUGAGAAGAAGUAUAGCUAUGAAAGAGGUCUCGAUAGACAUAAACGUCAAAAACAUUGCUCUCAAAGCUAUGGUUAUGAAGAAAUGGACGACAAGUCAGACAUUGAUUGCACCCAAAGACAGACUAAACGCACAAAAUAUGAUACGAAAACUGACGGUCAUUUUGUAUGCGAUUUCAUGGGAUGUGGAAAGAGAUAUAAGGAAAAGAGAUAUUUAAAUGAACACAAAGAUAUUCAUUCGGAUCAGACCUAUGAGUGCGAUGUCGAAGAAUGUGGUCAAGUAUUUGCUACAAAAACCAAUUUAAAGGUACAUAUGUAUAGACGACACAAGUCUAAAAAGUCAUUGUCUCGAAGUGACAAUUAUUUAAAGACAAAAAUAGAUAUUAAUGGCGAAACAGAAGAGUAUAAUAACGGGUCGAGUGAUGAAGAAAUGGACGUCAAGUCAGGCAUCGAUUGCACCGAAACUGAAACUAAACGUCGAAAACUCAAUGUGAAAACUGACGGUCAGUUUGCCUGUGAUUUCAUGGGAUGUGAGAAGACAUUUAGUAUAAGGCGUUCUUGGAAUCGACACAAACGCAUACAUUUGAGAUCAGACACCGAUUUGAAGCCUAAACGGAAACCCAAUUAUUGCUGUGAUUUCAUCGGUUGUGGAAAGAAAUACAGCGAUAAGAGGAUAUUCCGGAACCACAAACUCACGCAUUUGGGUCAGACUUAUCGGUGCGAAGCCGACGGAUGUGACCAAAUAUUUACCACUGAAUUCAAUUUGAAUAAUCACGUGAAGAGUGUCCACAGCACUCGAUACCAGUGCGAACAUUGCGAUUACAAGACCGGACUCUUAAAGCGUAUAAAAUCUCAUCGAAUCAGUCAUUCAAAUGAACGCUUAUUCAAGUGUUCAAUCAAUGGCUGCGUUAAGACGUUUAAAACAGUAGUUGAGUUGAAUAAACAUCAGUUGAGAGCACAUCCGGAUUCGUUUGCAGACAUACCAUGGAUUGAAUGCUCGCAUACUGGCUGUCAGUAUAGAAGUAAAUGCAAACCAGACGUUUAUAAUCACAUGAAAGGCCAUUCAAAGUCCUAUCGAUGCAAAGAAUGUGGAAAAACAUUUGGUUUUAGUAGAGUUUUAAGAAUUCACGAGAAGAUUCACAACAAGUCGUCUCAAAUCCCGUGUGAAUGGUAUGGAUGUGAGCGUCGAUUCACUAAUAAUACUGCAAUGAAAGACCAUAUGAAUACACACACGGCUGCGACCACAUACCGGUGCCAAUGGCCCGGUUGUGACAGAACAUAUAACGCCCAUCGAGUUUUAAGUUCCCACAUACGGAGAGUGCAUAAGGGUUUGUUGGACAACAAGUGUCAUUGGCCUGAAUGCGAGUACUCGACCACUAAUCCCAUUAGACUUCAUAAUCAUAUCAAUAGACAACACAAGGGUCUGCGGGACUACCGGUGCUCUCAUACGGGCUGUGAUUAUACGACCACUAAAUGCGGAGAAUUGGAUAAACAUAUGGUUAUUCAUAAGCAAUAA